UUAGCUCGGAAGCCACGAGUAGGUCAUUGCGCGGAAGUCGGUUCGUUCCGUCGUGGUCCGCGACACGGGAUAGGUCAGUCGGUCUUCACGCAGCAGACGCAUUCGUAUACGCUCACUUCCACUCAUAUUCAAUUCAACAUUCCAAGGGCCGGGUCCUCCUAUCGCUUCUCUUCGACACUACUCUUUGGUAAGUGCGGCUGCCCACUGCAUUGGCAAGUAGCAUUCGUAGAGUCCACGCAGAAACAGCACCACAAUAAACGUCAUCAUGUACGCCUGCAGUCGAUUCAUCGCCCCCAUCGCCAAAUCCACUCUGGUCUCCGGCAGCAAGACCUAUCUGCGGCCGUUAAGCAGUGCCGUGAUCAGUCACAGCCAGUCCUUACAACGGGAUCAAAUUCAGACACCCGUCAGUUUGUUACCAGUUGUACGUAACUUCCAAACCUCCACAGUCAGUCGUGAUAUUGACUCGGCUGCAAAAUUCAUUGGCGCUGGUGCCGCCACAGUAGGAGUAGCAGGAUCUGGUGCUGGAAUAGGAUCAGUGUUCGGUUCGCUGAUUAUCGGCUAUGCCAGGAAUCCAUCCUUAAAGCAGCAAUUAUUCUCGUACGCCAUUCUGGGUUUCGCCCUGUCCGAGGCCAUGGGUCUCUUCUGUCUUAUGAUGGCUUUCCUGCUCCUAUUCGCCUUCUAAGCCACAAUAUCCGCAUAAGAAAUUGCUGAUAUAGUUUUUAGUGCGUCACUGCCAAGGCAGCGUCAUCUGGCUCCAAAUUGAACCAUAAGGCGGCGGCUGUCUCUGGUAUGCGGGAUGCCAUGAAAUCAUUAGGGAAGCUCGGAUUUGUGGUUCGGAUUCGGGGUGCGACGGUGCGACAAUGAGCGAGAGAAGCUGUACUAUACCAAGACGCAGUUGCACACGCCAUCGUGCGCGGACCGUCUCGACCCUUUCCAAGCCUUCAGCUUGUUUCAAUAAUAAUUUCAUGGCCUACUGUUUCUCAUGUAGCUAAUAAAACAACUCACAUUGUUAUCACAUUACGGAUUUCAGUGUAACGAACGAAUAAGACGUUACUGAAAGUUGGAAUUAAAAAAAAAAGAAAAGAUAAAAACGACAGCGCCUCUCACUCCGCAUACCCAUACACGCACGUACUGUACUCACCGUGGUUAGAGUGGUUCCAUGCGACUUAGUACACUUUUCGAACAUCUUUGUCACCGGAAGGGAUAUUCAUCGUCAUUGUUGUGCCGUCGCGUAUGCACGUUGUUGAGGUAACUCUCCUAACGAAGAUAACAAAAACUGUACAGUGAUACCGAAUAAACAUCUUUGUCGUGGAA